AUGAUGAUGCCUCCCAGCGCAGCGCGCUUCGUCGUCGCCCUGCUCCCGCUGUUUGCCGCCGCAGUCCGCGCCGUCUCUCUGUCCGACUUUACUCCCCGGGUGGAGAAUCUGAGCGACCAGUGCAGCACCGUCUACAACCGUCAAAUCAACGACUGCUCUGCCUCCGACCUCGAGACUGGCGAGAACUGUUCCGUCGCGUGCAUCAGCGGCCUGCUGUCUAUCGCGUCACAGGUCAAGUCGGCCUGCGCCGAUGACGAUGUGGCAGAGACGUCAAUCAUCGGCGUCUUCCUUCUCGGCAAGGGCCCUCAGAUCCUCUGCUCCAACAUCGCGGCUACCACGCUGGGCAGCGGUCACACGUCGACUAGCUCUACCUCGCACAGCACCAAGCAGACCAGCACCAAGGAGACUUCCAGUCAGACCAUUGACGCCGGUACCACCAUCAUAGCGGGCACAAGCAAAACCGCAGAGUCGACCACCACUGCAGCGGCAACCACCACGACCGCGGAGUCUUCCACCUCGGCAGCCGAGACUACAGCAGCGGCGACCACGACAGCUGCAGAGUCGAGCUCAGAAAGCACGAAAGCAGCGUCGAGCUCUGCGGCGGCAACGACAUCCUCAGGUGGUUCGGAUGCGACAGACGACAACGACGGUAGUGGAGGAGGAAGCCCGUUCGACCUGGCCGUCGGAGCUGGCUCUCCGCGAACGACAUCAUCAAUGUGCCUCCUGGGGACGGCAAUGGGCGUGUGGGCACUUUCGAUUCUCUUCUUGUCGUGA